ACCUUUGGAUCGACCCACACCCCCCGAGUUGCCUUCGGCCUGGAUCACAUCUGCAGUUGAUGCUCCGUGAAUGAAGUUGAGUUUACUUUUCUAAGAAAUUAGUUUCAACUUUCCCCCCGUUGAUAUUUUAACUUUGCGUCGUAAAGUCCGGUAAGAAAAAGGGAAGACUUCCGCGGACUAUGAGGCGCGUCCAGGCUCGGCCACGAGCAGCGCGGAGGAGCGAGUGGCUGCGGUGCGCCUUGGCCCACCACCACGACCCCAACCCGGGCGUGGAGAACGAGAUAGUCGUGCUGGCCACCGGCAUCGACCAGUACUUGCAGGAGGUCUUCCACCAUCUUGCUUAUCCCAGCCGGGAGGACAAGGUGUCGGCGGAGGACUUCGCCGCGCUGUGCUCGGUGCUGGGAGUCCGGGAGAAGACCGCCAAGCAAGCCGGGGAUGAAGACGGCGAUGACGGGGAGCUCGGCCAUGUUUGCUCGGGGCUGCCCUGCCAGUUGACUUUCAAGGACUUCCACGCGCGUCUGUGCGGCUUCUUUCGGCUGCGGGACUGCGGCUGGCGGAUGCCCGUCACGGAGGAGACCGAGCUGGUGGAAAGACAGAUUCUUCUCCGGUGGCCUCGGCUGAGGAGGAGAAAAGAUGUCGCCGCGGAUGGGAGCAAGAAGGCGGGCGACACCGAGUCAGAAGAGUUGUGUGCCCUCAGAGAGUUGGUGGAGGACCUCCGCUCGGCACUGCAAGGCAGCGACGCACGUUGCCUGGCCCUGGAAGUGGCUCUGAGAAGAGAGAGGGGCCGCACUGUCCCUCCCAGCCCGACCACUGUUUGCUACCCAACAUCCUCCGUCUCCCUCCUACAAGGCAAACUGGUGCCCACUCGCCGCAUCAAAGGCCGUGCGGACGCAGGCGAGGGAGUCAGAAGGUUCGGCCGGCGAUGGGAGACGUGGGACCCCCUCUUCAGAGAGUUGAAGCUGAUCCGUUCAUCUCGUGACGGACAGCUGGAAGAAGCCAUCAAGUUCAACGAGCGUCUGGAGCGGGAGUUGCGAUGGGCAUACCAGGAAGUGCGGGCACGUCAAGCGGCGGAAUCUGCUCUGAGGAGGGAGAACAACCAAAUUAGGAGGCGAGCGGAGGAGGCCAGAGAGGCUUUGAGUUUGGGUCUUGACAGGGUCAGAAGGAUUCAGGAACAAGCUGAAUCUGUGCCACAGCUUCAGUCCAGGAUCAGCCAGCUGCAGAUGGAACUGGAGCAGUAUCGAUUCAGUUGUGUCUGUCUCCCUGACGCUGCUCCAACCAGAGGAGUCGCAAGCUACCCGAAAACAGACGCGGAAUGUCUGCAGAGAGCGGUGGAGGGCCGAGCCGCCUCUGACGAAGAGGAAGAGGGCCAAAGGGGGGCCGUCGAGCAAGGACAACGCUGCCCCCUGGAGGCCAAAAAGCACAUCCACCCACCAGACGGCUGCGCUAAAGGAUGUCAGAGUCGCUGUUCUAAGGGCCAACAAAGCAGCGAGUCAGAGGCCAGCAGGGGGCGCUGCAGCUGGCCCGGACUAAACCAAGAGUUGGAGGAGGAGAAGUCCACAACGGAGGACGCCAAGACGGGCCUGGAGGAGAAAGAGCGGGCGAGGUUGUCUCUGCUGGAGUCCAAGUUCAGGGACUCCCUGCUGUUGCUGCUGCAGCUACGCAACAAGAAGGUGUCCCGCAGGGAACUGGGAACAAUGGUGAUGGAGACGUUAGACAUGUGCAGUAACCAUGGAGACGGUCCUUCUGAGGUCCUGCAGGUGGCCGACAGCGUCUACAUGCACCUGUCCUCCAGGGACUGCCUGGGCCAAGGGGGCGGGGCCAAAGGGGGCACCAGGGAGAGCAAACAGUCCAGCGCCACCAACCCUCUGAUCAUCUCCUGCUAACCAGGCUCACUUACCCACAAUCCUCUCUUGCUGUUUACAACUAAACUACAUCAUUUCAUUCAUAUUUAUGUUGAUUCAAGUUCUAAUCAGGUUUACCUUUUUUAGAAAUGAACUUUUUUUGUGUUUGUAUAACGUGCAUGUGUGGCUCGACAUGUUGUCAUCUUACAGACUUAUUCUAAAAUAGAAACGAUUCAUUUCUGUCCUCAAAAUUCCACAAACAAUACCCCAUGACGAGAAUGUAAAAAAGUUGAGUUUUUUAAAAUGUAUUAAGACAUGCACCUGGGGAUAGGCCCCUCCCACCUCCAAAGACAUGCACCUGGGGAUAGGCCCCUCCCACCUCCAAGGACAUGCACCUGUGGAUAGGCCCCUCCUACCUCCAAGGACAUGCACCUGUGGAUAGGCCCCUCCUACCUCCAAAGACAUGCACCUGGGGAUAGGCCCCUCCUACCUCCAAGGACAUGCACCUGGGGAUAGGCCCCUCCCACCUCCAAGGACAUGCACCUGUGGAUAGGCCCCUCCUACCUCCAAGGACAUGCACCUGGGGAUAGGCCCCUCCCACCUCCAAGGACAUGCACCUGAGGAUAAGCCCCUCCCACCUCCGAAGACAUGCACCUGGGGAUAGGUUGAUUGGCAACACUAAAUGGUCCCUAGUGUGUGAAUGUUGUCUGUCUAUCUGUGUUGGCCCUGUGAUGAGGUGGCGACUUGUCCAGGGUGUACGCCGCCUUCCGCCCGAUUGUAGUUGAGAUAGGCACCAGCGCCCCCCGCAACCCCAAAAGGAAUAAGUAGUAGAAAAAUGGAUGGCUGUAUUAAAAAAAUAAAUAAAUCACAUGUACAUAAGUAUUCACAGCCUUUGCUCAAUACUUUGUUGAUGCCCAUUUAGCAGCAAUAAAACUCUUUUUGAAUUCUUGGCACACAUUUAUUCCUUUUUGCAGCACCUCUCAAGCUCCAUCGGGUUAAAUGGGAAAGGUUGGUGUUCAUCCAGUAUGUCUCUGUACACUGCUGCAUUCAUAUUUCUCUCUAUCCUGACUGGUUUCCCAUUUCUUGCCACCCAAAAAAACAUCCCUACAACAUGAUCCUGGAUGGAAACCAAUGUUUUUUUUAAUACAUAUGUCAUUUAUGAAAAAUGGAUAAAUAAAUAAAAAAACUGUACAAUGUUACUAUGGGGUAUUGUGUGUAGAAUUUUGAGGACAAAAGUGAAUGGAUUUAAUUUUGGAAUAAGGCUGUAGUCUAAGAACAUGUGGAGGCAAGUGAAGCCCAGUGAGAACAUUCCAAAUGAUGUCAUUAAAGCUGCAAUAUUUGUGAGUAGCCUUAAAAAAAAAAAUUGUGCACAUUUUAAUGAAAUAACUGACUAAUAAAUGUGUGAUUGUACUUCAUUCA